CAUUCCUAAUAGAAACUUGGCCUUAUGCCACAGAAUCGUUGAUGGGAAAUUAGCCGUAAGUAGGCCAGAAGGGGAUCAUUGAUUUUGAAACUAUUUCGCGUUCAACAUUUCCCCGAAUUUCACAUUAUUAUAGAUUCCUGUCAACGGCGGAGUCCCACAGCCUGAGCUGAUUCUUCGUACUCAGAGACCGAGCACACAAUGAUUGCUUCUUCGUCACCGAAUUACAAAAAGUGAGAAAACAUUGAUGAGAUUUGGAGAUCCAUUCAAAAUGAGUUGGCACCAACGGCAGACGAUUUCCGUUUCAAUCAGAACAGGCGUAGUGACUAGGUCAUCGUCAUAAAUUACCAUCGUGAAUCUGGAGAGCGUUCACUUUGUUAAAGGUCUGGACAUGGGAUAGAAGGCCCUGACCUGGAUACUCGGACAGCAGUAAGAGCACGGUGGGUUGCUUCACAGAGGAACUGAUCGUGAUUCACAGACAGCGGACACACGGUGUUUACCUUAAACAUUACUGUUCAUCGGAUAAUCUCUCAACGUGGUCGCCUGUUUGCGUGUCUUGUUAGCUAGCAUGGGUUCAUUAAAUUUACAACACUUCCACAUAAGGAGUAGUGGCUGAACCAGCUCAACAUUCCGUCAUUGUAAUCCCGAUCACACCAAACGGUGGCAGGGCCGUAGUGUCUCCAGUCCGGAAGUAUGUCAAAAGGCUUUGUCAGACAGACGCAAGUUGCCUUCAGUAACUGGCGAACACCCCAAGGAUGUCUAAUUAAGAAGGGAGAGUAAAGGUAAAGCGUCGGAUCUUUAGCCAAGGAAAUAUCGAUCUCGGCUGACGAGCGAAAUCCAGGCCGAUAUAAAGCAACGACGAUUCGCUGGGUUGCGAAAACACCCUCUAGGGUGGACACGUCAAACGGCGACAGACUUUACUGACAGUUCAUAACAUCGUCCAUUAUCUAAGACUUUACCAAAGAUUGCAGUGACAUUUCAAGAUAGAGUUACCCCAGGGUACGAGUGCGUGAAGGUGUUGACACGUCACCAGGGCAUGUAUUCGGGAUGAAUGCCACGUUCUGAAGACUGCAAGAACUGAAAACUAUUGGAUGAUGUCAGUGUAUAUUCUUGACGGUGACCAUCACAUUUUAUUGGAAGGAUUAUAAAAGAAUACCGAACGUUUCUGAAGCAAGAUAUCUUGGAUGUUUAGUGGUUGUGAUGUUGUCAUUCGUCGCAAGAUAUUCCGCUGGUGCACAUAAAUAUCGAAUGAUUGUGAGUUGUCCAUAUGACAUGGUUCAGUCAUGCAUGUUUUAUAUGAAAAAGAAAAUCGAUAUUGGAUUCAAGGUUAAGCUGACCUUCCCUUGGUAACAAACACCAUCAAUACUGCCAUGUUAUGUUGGACUAUGUCUUGGAACUGAUUUAAAAGUCAAAUCCUAUUCCGAAUUAACAUAGUUGAACUUUUUGACUGUCUUGUUCAAUAUGAUCCGCCACGCUAACUACACAACAAUAUAAGUCAACAGCUUCUCAGUUCUCCGCAGUGAAUAAUUCAUGUGUCUUCUGAAGUAUGUGCGUUUACCUGCCAUAACAUACGAACGGGUGUAACAGAGCAAAUCAAUCGCUGGAAGAGUUCAGACAUCCUGUUAAAACUCCAGACGUGAGAAGUCACAGUAACUGCGUGUCAUUGUUUACUGUUCAUAUUUCAAUGGCGUUCCAUUCUGGGUCCAGAAGAUGAACCUAUGAGUUUUCAUACAGACUAGAUAUGCUGGAAAUUGAGACAGUAAACACUACGAGCCUGAUCAGUAAGGGAGCUGAGGCUUGAUAUUUACAUAAUAUGUCAUGAUGAAGUGAUAAUUUCAAAAUGGAAUGGUGCUCAAAAUAGACAUCAAGACGGAGAACAUUCAUUUGUGAAAUUGAUAGUGACAGGAGGUGCCACUAUUAAAAGGAUUCUUGUGAUUCGGAACGGAGACGGUAACUGGAGGGUUCAUAGCUUGUGACAUCCGUCGAUAAUGACAGUAAGUCCCACUAUUAAAAAGGAUAUUUGUUUGGUGGAAUUCGGAACGAAGAGUGGAAGUCCAUAACUUGUGACAUGCAAUAUAAUGACAUAGAUGCAACUAUUAAUAAGAACCAUUUGUGACUGGUAUUCGGAAAGGAGACGAAUCCUGCAAGGUCUUAUUUUGUGGCAUGCAUCGAUAAUGAAAGUAGGUGCCACUAUUUUUAAUAGGAUACAUUUCGAUUGGUAUUCGGAACGGACACGAAGACUGGAAUGUCAUAACUUGUGACAGCGAUAAUGGCAGUUUGAUAUGUUAUGAAAAAGUGAUAAUUAAUUCAUUGGCAUUCGGAAAGGACACCAACAUAUCAGUCAUAACGUUCAUCCAUUUACUAGAAUCCUACAACACCGUCUGUGUGCACACAUAACUGGAGAAUGUUGACAUGAAAUGUGUCACAAUCACAGCCAGUAGUUCCUGUAUCUGCCCAUAGAACUUGCGUUGAAGGAAUGACUUGCACAAAGAACGAUCGACGAAAUUCUAAAUUGCAUUGGCCACGUGGGAGGUUAUUAGUUAACAAGCUGAAACGGGAAGCUUUUAAUCCUUUGGGAAAAAGAUCAACAUCCUGUUAGCAAAUGUGACGAAUUGCAUUUUAGUAUCAAAAUUCUGACAACCUUUUUUCAUCAACAAGAUGUGUUAAGGGUGUGUGUUCUGAUUUAGCAUUAAGGAAUGUCGGUCGUUGAGUGAUAAACGCUCCCCUGAGGCGCUAUCUGGCCAUGACACAAGGUCGCUUAUAUAGGGGAGUGAGCGGUAGCGGGGUUAAAGAAAUCCCCGGGGGAGACGUGGACGUCUUCAACUAAUGCAACAUCAUUGUUCUUUGACUGUGGCUGUGAAGAGCGAAUUUCAUCCGAUAGGAGAGAGAACUGACUUCUGAGCAACACAGUAACGGUUUGUGUAGCCAAGAUGAUGUUUAGUUGUAGGCUGCUUGUGAUUACGUGAGUAAGGAUAUUCAAAUCUGAUUUAAUGAAUUUGACAGUGGAGCAGACGACACCGAGUCCACAGGCGAUGUCGUUGUCGAUGGAUAUGAUGUGGGUUCCUUACACUGCUAUCGUUUUAUUGUUCGUCUUGGGGCUUGGGCUGUCAUUCAGACGACAUCGGAGGAGAUAUGCCAGGAAAAAACAAUACAUUUUGGAAUACCAGGAAGAGAAUCUGUCGGUCCGUAGACCAAGAAUUAGAGGUAAGCUGGCUGGUAGUGACGCCCCAGUGACAGUCAACUUACCUCAGUUCUAUUCAUCGGAGGCAGCUGGGCACUCCCAUGUGUAUCAGAAGGGCCACAGUGAUCGCUUGCUUUCGACAGACGAUAUCCGGUUUUCAUUGGAUGAUUUUCCUAACAGAAAGGGGUCCGGUAACGUGAAGAAACGCUUCCGGUCGGCGUAUGACCUUGACGAACUCAAUACAACCUAUUAUAGACAGAUUUCCGAUGACGACUACUUCCGGCGUAAACGCCCGCGCGAGUACCACUACAUAAAAUCAGUCAGUGACCGUCACCUAUCACCAGGGAGACGGAGACGUGUGCAUGACUGUGACGUCACACGCAAGUCAUUCUGGAUUAGAAGUGACGUAAGGAAUCCAAACGAGGGUGAAAUAAUUACUGACCAACCUGCCGUGAAAUAUAUCAAAGUAUUUGAUCUGGACCUAUGUGAUCAUUGCAGGAUGUAUGUGGAAAAAGUCGAUGGAUCCAUGUCAAAGGCAUCCUCGCCAAGAGGUCCAAUGGAGAAGGUCUAUGGAUCCAAUUCAGUUGACGUUGGACCGCUUCCUCGGAUCCAACCCCAGGCUUCCUCUACAUCCUGUUUCAGUAUUGCUGAAGUACAUUCCCCUCCCCAUCCUCAUCCUCGGUAUCAGUUUCAGCCUAUUGAACGCCACAACAGUAGUGAAAACGUUGCCAGUAGGACACAACUGCUCCACUCUGACUCUGAAAGACCCCGAUCAGCUCCUGAUCUUAAUAAGACUAGUAUUGAAAUGUCGGAGUUUCUUACACUUAGUGUGCAAGGUAAGAGUGACGUGUCGAUCCCUACACCUACAGUCACUGUGAUGUAGCUGCCCGCUUGGACCUUCCCCAUACGCGGCGUUCAAGCUCCGCCCUCAGUUUUCCUUCCACCCCAGCCGUCAGCCCCAGGCCCCACCGACCCGCUCUAGGGGCAGGGACAAAUCAGGAGUCUUUUGGUUAGACUUGGACACCCACCAACACACAUCGAUCUGACCAAGGAACUCUAUACUCUACCUGGAGCAUAAUGAAUCUGUCACCGGUGGAAUGGAGCGCAUAGUGUGACGAUCCAGUGGAGACAACUAGAGGGAGUUUGUGUCAAGGGACAUAACUCUAAUAUCCGUUUGUCGGUUUGUGAUUUUAAACGAUGGCGAAAUAGUCGUCAGAAAAGAAAGGAUACAUACACUGUUGCUCUUUCAUCGAUUUGUACUGUAACGUAUGUAUUCAGGCAGUUGACAUGGAUCACAGUCAUUCCAGUUUACUUACACAUGAUCCAGGAACCCUUGAACUGUGCGUGAUAUUUCAAAGGAACUCAAGAACUGUGAUACAUUCCCGAGGACGUACAAAAACCUAACACGAGACUUUACGAGAUUUUAUCUCACCUGAACACAACGUUUUGGAGACUUUAUGUCGUGGCGAGUCGUACGUUUUCGAACAAAGCUUUUUUUCCC